AAGUGCUAUUUUUUAGGGGGAAACCCAAACUUCCACCUGGCCACACUGGUGUUGUUGCAGCACGUGUUCAAGUUAAGUUUUGUUUCUGGUUUCUGUUGUUUAAAAUGGCUCUGAAACGACUAAAGACCAAGAAAUCCAAGCGCCUGACCGGCCGCCUCAAGCACAAAAUCGAAAAGAAGGUGCGCGACCACAACAAAAAGGAACGGCGUGCUGCCAAGAAGAAUCCCAAGAAGGGCAGCAAAAAACAGAAGCUUAUACAGAUCCCCAACAUUUGUCCCUUCAAGGACGACAUCCUCAAGGAAGUGGAGGAGGCAAAGGCACGCCAGGAGGCCGAACGCCUGGCUCGCCGUGAAGCCUUCAAGGCAGAGCGCGAACAGAACAAAUUCAAGUCGUUGGAGUCUAUGGUCGAAGAUGCGGAUAUGCGGAGCACUGUCCACGGAAUAAUGCACGAGAACGACGAGGAGGGCGGCGAGAAGCAGUACAAGAACGCCGUCACCAAGGAGCAGUCGCUCAAGCAGUACUUCAAGGAGUUCCGCAAGGUGAUCGAGAACGCGGAUGUCGUCCUGGAGGUGGUGGAUGCCCGCGAUCCGCUGGGCACACGCUGCAACGAGGUCGAGCGUGCCGUUCGCGGUGCCCCGGGCAACAAGCGCCUGGUACUGGUGCUCAACAAGGCCGAUCUGGUGCCACGCGAGAAUCUGAACAACUGGAUAAAGUACUUCCGCCGCAGUGGACCCGUCACCGCCUUCAAAGCCUCCACACAGGACCAGGCCACGCGGCUGGGCCGUCGCAAGCUGCGUGAGAUGAAGACAGAGAAGGCCAUGCAGGGAUCCGUUUGCAUCGGAGCCGAGCUGCUCAUGUCCAUGCUGGGCAACUACUGCCGCAACAAGGGCAUCAAAACAUCGAUUCGCGUGGGCGUCGUGGGCAUUCCCAAUGUGGGCAAGAGCUCCAUCAUUAACUCACUGACGCGCGGCAGGUCGUGCAUGGUGGGCAGCACGCCAGGAGUAACAAAGGCAAUGCAGGAAGUGGAGCUGGAUUCGAAGAUAAAGCUGAUCGAUUGCCCUGGAAUCGUGUUCACCAGCGGAUCUGAAAACUCGCAUGCUGUUUUAAAGAAUGCCCAGCGCGUGGGCGACGUAAAGGAUCCAUUCACCAUUGCCGAGAGCGUUUUGAAGCGUGCUAGCAAGGAUUACUUCUGCAACAUGUACGAUAUUUCGAGCUACGACACAUUCGAGGAGUUCUUCGCCAAGAAGGCAGCCAGAAUGGGAAAAUUCCUUAAGAAGGGCGUGCCCGAUGUGGUGGCCGCUGCGCGAAGUGUGCUCAACGACUGGAACACCGGCAAAAUCAAGUACUGCACCCAGCCGCCGGAAGUGCAGGAAGCGCAGACUGUGCACAUUAGUGCCUCGAUUGUACACUCUGAGGCCCGCGAGUUCGACGUGGAGAACUUCGAGUCCAUGGAGACGGAAAUCCUGGACCAGUGCGCAGUUAAAACCGAUGACAUCAUGGAAAUUACGUCAACGGGACCCUUGGAGAUCAGGCAACCGCGUGAAGAAGAGGAUCCCGCCACGAAAUUGGCUGCUAAUCUGAUUAUUAACGAGAAGGAAAAGGCAGCAGCAAAGGGCCGCAAAAGAAAACUGGAAGAUGAAAAGGAAAAGCCAGAUCCCGUCCUGCUUUUGGAAGAAAACCAAUCGCUGAACAAGGGGAUCAAGGAGAUGCAAAAGCGAAAGAAGAAGCAGAAUGUGCGUAACGAGAAGAAAAUCUCCAAGAUUACAGACGUUCUGGAUAACUUUAGCUUAGGUUCGGCAUCCACAAAGGCAGAUAAAUAUGAUUUUGAUGAGGAUUAUUUGAUUGAAUAAAAAUUGUCUGCCUUAGCUUUAAUCUUAUAAAUAAAUCUGUUGAUGAUACACUA